GCAGAGGCUGAGAAACGUGGCCUCGGCUCCUGUGUUGAACUUAAAUUUUGUCGUCUCGAAAAGGGAAAAGAUGGCAGUAAGGCCUUUGCGAUAAAUACACAAGAGCAAUGGGACAAGGAGAGGCCGCUACUAUCAGGAAAUACAUCUUCAUUACAAGGUAGGAAUUUAUUUACUUCUUAUUAAACGACAUCAAGGACCGUUCUGAAAGAUACGGGCCGACUUUUCUAUAGGUUAAUAAGUAAUCAAGGUUAAAAGAAGAACAAGAGAAUACGGCGACUAUGUCAGGAUGACGAUGGUAACACAAAGUUAACUUAGAAAUAUUUCAAGACAAGUAAAUUUUAAAUACUUCAGGUAAAAUACAGCUUCAAACACGCGCGAUGCUAUUUUACUUCAAGUUUAACUUCACGCAAUUAAUUAAGCUUGAUUGACAUGCUCCGCUUUCUUCAAAGCUCAAGAAACCGUAAGUUCGCUAUGUCGGUUGUAAGGACGGUAUAUACACUUGUGCGAGUUUCGCGAAAAAGUCAGACAGUACUGUAUAAAUAAAUUUGUGCGAACAACUUUACUCAGUAAAAACGUUAUCUAGUUUAACAUAACAUAUAUACUAGUAAAAAAAUUUGGGCGAACAACUCCACGCGAAGGCCACGAAUCUGUAAAUCAAUAUAAAUAUAUACUAUUAAAAAAAAUUGGGCCAUGAACUCCACGCGAGCUUCACCACUCUGUAUUAUAAUAAUAUAUACUAGUAAAAAAGUUUGAGCGAUGAACUACACGCGAGGUUCACCACUCUGUAUUAUAAUAAUAUAUACUAGUAAAAAAUUUUGGGCAAUGAACUCCACGCAAGGUUGACCACUCUGUAUUAAAAAACAAGAGGUGCAGGCAAUAUUUAAUGUACUCAGCGGAGAUCUUCCACUUUCGUCGGUAAAAAACGUUCUUCCCGAGGAUAUGAAAAAAGAAGAAAUAGACAACGCUCGCUGGACAAAGCUUCAGAAUUGGAAAAAAUGGUGGACGAGGGAAGAGCAUUUGAGUAAGUUUACAUUUAGUUUUCCUAGACUCAACGAUAACCUUGGUAACUGUAUAUAUGUAAUCAAUUGAAUAGCUCUCAGCACUCUCAGUCUAACAUAUUAUGUGCUCCUGCUAUUUGUUCUAGAGAUGUUCACAGCCGCAUAUACAGUUAUGGGGAAAAACUGGACCGACUGUCCCGAAAAAACGACCAAUCCGGUGGAACAUAUCAACAAAGAUUCAAUUCCACGUUCAAAAGACCAUAAGAAGAAUCUUUGGAGUGUUGUGGACAACAUUUAUAGAUGCGAUAAACUCGCCGCUGCUAAGAGGGUUGCAGUCACCAAAAAUGUCACCAUAAGUUACGUCAAUAAAGAAGAUGACAGGACCAAGUCUACAGCAAGAAAGAUGGUGAAGAAAGUGGAGGAGGAGCCUGGGAAACAGAGGAGAUGGACAUGAUCCUCACGGUAUGUUUUAGAAUUUCAUUACAUAAUUAACUGCACUAAUAAAAAAGGAAUGCUAACAUACACGACAGUACUAAACUGGAAAAGGCAAGUGGAAAAUUGGGUGCACAAACCGGAGGAAGAGGUUUAGAAGAGUAAAGACACUGAAUUCAGUCUACAUCCCUUAACUAGUUCAGACCUGACACCAAGUAAAAAGCAAGUGAAAGUUUGAAAGACUGGUAGUUUCAGCCUCCUUCAAUUCAUGUCUCCUUUUCCUUUUUAAAGUGACCACGCAAUGUGACGUUUUUUUUUUCCUUAUCCUAGGACCACCUGACAAAAUAGCUCGCCAGGAUGACCUUGAACCUGAAGUACAGCAAAAGAGGACAAAGUCAAAGAGUAAGUCCUUAGAAGAAAGUAUAUGUUCCUUUAUACUUUCUUUCACAUAAUGGUUUUCCACAACGUUUGGUUUGAUUAUAUUAUUUAAGCCAAUCGAGGCCUCUUUCGCGUAACAAAUUAGACGGAGGGAAGGGUUUAAACGAUGGAGUGGAAAUGAAACAAUAAACUUUUGAUUUCAUGAGAUGGAGUCCGGAUUCCAAAUACUGGAUUCCAGACUCUGUCAGUGCAACUUGGAAUCUGGAUCUAAAUCGUUAGUAGGAUUCCGGAGUCCUUGAACUGUAUUUCGGAUUCCAAAGCCACGGAUACAGAAUUCAACGAGCAAAAUUAGGAACGUUUCCCGUAUUCUGGAAUUCGGGUUUAUUUACAAGAAGCGGCACCAAUAAAUACUUAGUUAUUUUACAAGGGAAAGCAGAAAAAGUUCAUUGGUAUUCAGCGCUUUUAGUACUGCAAGCGGCAGGUACAAUGAAAAUAAUGACACAUAUAUUUUAUUUCUUUAGGAAUAAAAAAGACAUCCCUACUGCGGAAAAAGGUUAACGUCGAAAUCGACGAAGGAGAGGAAGAAGGAACAAAGUGGUACUUGGGAGAAAUUCAAACCGUGAGAAAUGGUGUUUGUACCAUUUCUUUUGACGGAUUCGACGAAACGCACAACAUUGAAGUGCCUGAAGACGAAAUUCCUUCGGAAGACAUUAUUUUUGUUCAACGAACGUUGGUGGUCCCUCCCAAAAUAAAUACACUGGAGUAAUAAAGUAACGUAUUUAUUCGAAUAAGCGCCCAACCUCGAAUUAGCGUCCAUUUAAAAUAAGCGCCCAAUAUAAAGGGAGAAAAAGUUAAUAUUUUACGGACUCCUUGCUUUGUUACAUCUGUUGCGUCUUGUUAUAACAAUUUAUUGUUUUGUUGCAAAAUAAACACCUUUAAUAAGCGCCCAGCCUCGGGGUCCUAAAAUUUAUCAAGAGCCCAGGGCGGUUAAUCGAAUAAAUACCGUGUAUUAAUUACCUUAUUCUUACUAAUUUUCGCGCGUGAUUAAUUUCGCGAAAAUUCGAUCGUUAGCCAGAUUUCGCGAGUAAUAAUUUUUGCGAUUGCAAAAAAUAAUAAUAAAAAGAAAAAACAGAGUAAAAGCGUACUAAACUUUCGUCUUUGUUUUAUUUUCGUAAAUCCUGAGCAGAGGGCACUUGUCACAAAUCAAUAACACAAUUAUCCAUGUAUAUUUCAAAUCAAAAUUGUAAACUGACAGCUGCCCUACAUAGAACCUUAAAAUGAAGAACAACACAUAACUGCUUGCUGUGUAUGCUGUGUAUGCAAUGUAUAUCAUACAGUUCAGUGCUUAAAACACAACUUGAGAUGUUCAGUACAAAAAAAAAAAAGAAAAAGAAAAACACCGGGACUCAGAGCAUUUUUUAAAUUCUUAUUGUUUUGUAUUCGAAAAUGAGAUCUCGCGAAUAAAAAUUACCGCAAACAUUUUUCCCUUGGUAUAUCCUUCUUUUAAACAGAAAGGUUGUCUUCGCAAUGAGUUCCUCGCCCAAAUUUUUUUUGAGUUAGUAUAUCGUUAUUUUCAACAGAACGGUUGUCUUGGCGAGGAGUUGCUCAAUCAAUUUUUUUUACUAGUUAAUAUAUAUUUAAAUUAAUCAGGAAAAUUGUCUUCGCGUAGAGUUCUUCGCCCAAAUUUUUUUACUAGGACAAAUUUAUUAUUAUACAGAAUGAUUGAGCUUGCGUGGAGUUCUUCACCCAAAAUUUUUUAUUGGUAUGUUUUUAUAAUUGUACAGAAUGACUGAGCUUGCUUGGAGUUCUUCGCCCAAAUUUUUUUACAAGUAUAUAUUUCCUAUAACACACAUAAUGAUUGAUAUCGCGAAGAGUUCCUCGCCCAAAAUUUUUUACUAGGACAAAUUCAUUAUUAUACAGAAUGAUUGAGCUUGCGUGGAGUUCUUCGCCCAAAAUUCUUUACUAGUAAUAAAUAUCAAUAUACAGGUAGAAAGAAAUUGUUCGCCCAAAAAUUUUUAUCAGUAUAAUGAACAUAAAUAGAAACAUAUUUAUACUGGAUAAAGAUUUACGCACAAAAUUAUUUAUGCAGUACAGUCUGACUUUUUAUGAAAAUUUGCAAAUAUGUUAAUUCCCUUGUAAGGAUGGUUUUCAAGUCACUUGAAACUUUUCGUGAAACGUUUCAAUUUUCCCGGCGACUUUAAUUACCUCAAUAAAAGGCAUUGUAAAGUAUUUAGGCCAUCUUGGUCUCCUGUAUAAAGCCUUUUCUGUUCAUAUGAAACUUCAGACUGUACCAAAACGUUCCCUACCAUAAGCAAUCGAGCUUCUGGAAGGACUUGACAGUUACUUGGAAACAACAACGGAAAAAGCGUUGUCGCAUAGCAACGAUGUAAACGAUGCCAGCACAGGUAAACCAAGGGGUUUUCAAGGAACUAUUUCUAAUCAGACAAAGCGUUCGGUUAACAUGAUAUUAAAUGGACUGAAAGAUCUGGAGGCGUUAGUUAAAGAACAUAACCCAAGCUUCGCCAUUGAUCUGUACUCUUGUCUAACAGUUCAGGUUGAAAACCUACACGCAGUUGGUCAUUUCAAGGACCAGUUUCCUACCCUUUUGCAGUACGCACGGAAUCUGGCAAAUACCGUAUACGAAAGCAUUAAGCGUGUAGUACCCUGGAGUGCCUACUACUUCACACAUGAUAAAUCAUAUUAUCCCGUGUUGCGCCAGAGCACUCCACUAAAUGCCAUUCCGAAGCUGGAGCAUCUUAAGGCAAGAAGGGAGUUAAAUAGGCAGGAAAAAGACCUCAUGAUUGAGUGGGCGACAAAUAAUGGGAGGGCUGCACGACAGAGAAGUGUGAGACAAGAGACCACCAUGUUCAAGGCCGGAACAUUGCCGUUAAACAUGUACAGAACAUCAGACUAUCCUAAAGAUAAAGUCUCAUUCAGCCCUAACACUGUCGAAGAGGAGACUGUUACUUCUGCUACGACCGUUACGACUGUUACGCCUUCUACAUCGCACGAGGCCAUUGAAGAUGUUCAAGUAGUAGAGGAAGCCGAGGUAGAAGAGGAGGAAGAGUAUGACACUGACUCAGACGCUGAAUAUCCUAUUGCUGACAAUUACGAGGUAGAUUCUUUCGACGAUUUGUUGUUUCUUCGGGCAGUUACAACGCGAAGUGGACGAAUGGUCAGAGUCGUCCAUCGAGAGUGA